AUGGAGCACUUAUUGGUAAAUUUUAACCUUGGUAAACUUAAACGUCCCUCCUAUUCUUAUUCGGUGCUGCUAGUUUCUAUUACUUUUUGCCAGUUAAUCAGUGCAAUUUUUUCAAAGUAUAAAUACAUUUUAGAAAAUAGGUAUUAAUAAAUCAUUGCCCAUCAUUACCCUAAUUUAUAAUAUUCCCAAAUCUCUGAAAUCGUCAAUUUAAUCAAAUAUACAGAUGUUAAUAGUAUAAUUUAAGAAAAUGAGAUCAUAAUAUAUAUAUUGUUUUGGUGGCUAACUACCUUAAGCAUAAUAACAUAUUUGCUCUAUGCAAUCUGCUAUUUUUAGGUUAAAUAUCAAAAAAAGUAGAAUUUAAUAGAUUAGUCCAGUGCUAAGAUGUUAGCCUAACUUUUAUUGAUUGACUAAUGGAUCACUUGCUAGCCAGCCUAGAUGGUUUAUUUUAACUUAGCCUACUGUUCAAUAAAUUAAAAUUAUUUGAAUAUUGGAAUAAGCAUUGAAGGUUAAUAAGUUUUAGGAGUUUUCUUAAUAUUUAUUAGAUUUAUUACUCAAAUAAUGAUCAUAUUAUUGUUCACAAAUCAUCAAAACAUUAAAAAAGAUGCUUUAUCUAGUGGAUCAAGAUUUAUAUUACUUUAUUUAGAAGUCUUUAGAGUCUUGUUGAACAUUUAGUUGGCCUUUCCGAUUUAGAAUUAGUAAUUUCAUGUAAAAUUUGAAAUUUUAUCAACAUGUCUGGCUAGUUUUCUAUUCAAGAUGAGCGAUUUUAAGAUGUUUAUUGCAAAUCAAUAUGUAAGGUAAGUGUUUAAAAUGUUCUCAUUCUCUUUAUUUGGCAUAUCUUUGGGAUUAACAAUAAAUUCAUUUUCAAUCCACUUUAAUAUUACUCAAAGUGAUAAUUCAAUUUCAUUUAGUAUAUUGAGUGUAAUUUCAAUCACAUGGAAGCAUCUUUGUUUACCAACUGUUACAGGCGAUCAUUUAAUACAAAAAAUAAUAAAUCUAAAAUCAGUUACAAAGUAGUUAAACACAUAGCAUCAAUUUGGUGAAGCUGAUUCAUAUUAUUUGGGAAUGCUAAUUCAACAUUUAUCUAAUACAUAUCUUUAGGAUAAAAAGGAAAGAUGCUUUUGUAAAAUGAGAAUGUUAUAUGAUCCAAAGUAACAUAAGGAAAUCAAACCAUCUUAAUUUUCUAUGCUUAGAUAGAAGAGUUUGUAUUUGAAAUAUCUAAUUAAAGCAUGGUAUGAAAUUUAUCUAUUUCAUCAUCCUCAAGAUGUAGACAUUAGAAUGAAUUAUGCUUUAUUUUUGUAUUACCAAAUGAACAAUCAAGUCUUAUCUUAUAUUUAGAUUAAAUUAACAAGCACUUACAAAAGGAAUCUACUUUAAUAGUUUGACAUAAAUAAAUUUUAACUUUAAUUCCAAAAUGAAAUUAUUGAUAAUAAUAGUUUAAGCUAUCAUAAUGAUUCAGAUUUCGAAUAUGUUAAUAAGAUGGAAUAAAUAAUUAAAUCUCUUGAACUCAACAUUUAGAAUUUUCUUGAUUUAAGUUUAAAGUUUUGGAGACAAGUAAACUAAAAAGUAAUUUAUGAAGACGAUCUUUGGAAUAUAAAUUAGGAUAUUUUGUUAACAAUUUCAUAAUCAAAUGACUUGUGGAAUUAAAUAAGUAAACACAAGAUAAUCAAUAGAGAUAAAGUUAUUGUUAAGAACUUUCUAAUAAGAAGACCAAAAUGGCAAUUCCUUUAUAAUUGGUAUUAUUUGUAUGUUCUAAACAAAAAAUUAAAGUAAAGCAUGUUAGACUAUUGUGAUUCUUAAAACAUGGUGCAAUAACCAAUUGAUGAAGAUUCAGGUUCAGAUAACUAAAACUAGAUUGAUUAGUUUUCUUUUCAAAAAGCCUUCAAUUACACAUCAGCCAUCUUUCACACUACGCAAUCUGGACAAAUAGUGAAUUUUAGUGAAUCUGCUUAUGAUAUUUUUGGAUUUUAAGAAUAUAAUAACAUCAAUCAAUUAUUACCUAAAACAUUUAUUAGAAAUCAUUAAUUUGCAAGUGAUCAAUUUAUUUAAACUGGUAAAAGCAAAUCAUUAUACAAAAAAAUUAAGAUCUUAGCUCUAAAUAAUGAUAAGUAUCUUAUGCCAUGCAAAAAGUACUUGAAAUUGCAUAUAAGUCAUCUCUCAUAAAUUGAAUACAUAUGCAUGAUUAGACCUAUUUAUAGGCAUUAAAGUGCCAGUUACAUUUUGGUAAACAGUGACUGGGAGAUAGAUUAUGUAUCUGAAUAAAUUGCAGAAUACUUUCAGCCUGGCAUAUGCUUAUUUAUACUCUGUCCAAAAUUGUUGAAGUAUUCAUAUUAUUCACAAUUUUUGACUGAAGAUGAUCUUAAAUUGUUUAAAUUAAAAAGAUCUAAAAAUGAAGAUAAUAAUUAGGACUCAAUAGUUGAUGCCAAAUUCACAAAUAGAAAAAUUACUAUUGCUCCCAGUAAUUACAAAGCCUUAUAUGUGGAACAAUCGUAACCCUAAGAUAUUGUUAGUAUGGUUUUAGAGGAUGAUAACAAGAAUGUAUAGGAAAGUCCUCUUUGGAUAAAUGAUGCUUUGAAUGAGGAUUUAUAGGAAGAGAAAGAUUAAUUGUUUAAAAGAUUUUAUAAGGUUGUAGAUGAAGAUCAUGUCAAAUUAACCUUUCGUUUACCAAAAAAGAUAAAAUAUUUGAUAGACGAUUAUACUGAAACUAAAUAAGAAAUACUAUUAAAUGGCCUAGAUCAAAUGACAAUUAAAUCAAAUAAAUUAAAAGAUGAGAGAAUUGUAAAAAGAAAUUCUAAUGGAAAACUCUAAAUUGAUAAGUAAGUACUAUUUUAUAAACUGUUUCAAUAUUAAGAGCACUACUAUGAGAAAUUAUAUAACCACUUUAAAACUAGUUUUUAGAAGUACUGCAUAACUAGUAGAAUGUUAAAGACAGUAAUCAAAAUUGAAGCAUCUAUACGGUUUACUAAAAAUACAAUCAUGGAUAAAUAUUAAAUCAUCAAAAUUAUUAAUCUCAAUGUGAUCGAAAGCUAAAUCUUAAAUAAGAAAGCCAAAGCUGUAAAUUUACUUAAUAGAAAAAACUAGAAAAUCAGUUAAUCAAGAUAAAGUAUUUUUUAAAAUCCUUAGCAAUUGCAGCAUUUUUAAUAAUUCUUAGAAUAGAACUAUCAAUAACAAGUUGAGCUAAAUUAUAAAAAAAUAACCCAUUCAAAUGUUUAAAAUUCAGAAGUGGAUUCAUAUAGAACUACGAAUAAGCCUUUGAUGCCUGAAGACCAAGUAGUAUUGGAUUUCAACGUUUAAUAAAUAACAUCCUUGAUUCUCAAGACCUCAAAUAAUAUUUUUAUUAAGGAAGAGAACAAUAAACCUGCUAAGCAUUAUACUUAAAUAAGCAUUUUAAAGAUUUUAAAUAGAAUAUUCAUUUUCUUUUUAAUCAUUUUUGACCUGAUAGUUUUAAACUAGGGUCCUAAUAUCAAUUAAUUAGACAUGGAUGAACUAGGGUUUUAAAGUGCAAAGAAGCACUAUGAUUUUAUCAAUAUAAUGAUUGAAUCAUAUGAUAAAUUGAUCAACACUUUUUAUUUUUAAAACAACCUCCUCAUUUAAUUUCAUAAUGAAUCUGAAUUCUAUCAAGACUUACAGAAAAGUUUUAAUGACUAAUUAUUUGAGAUUACGAAAUUAUAUUAAUAGCCUAGUUUUGUAUAGAAAAUCUACAAAUCAUAAAAUUACAAUGAAAAUCUAAAUAUUAUUGAUUUAAUAAACUAAUAUAAAUCUAAUAUAGGAAGUCUUUAAUAAAUAGAUUAUAACUACGACUUUGAGUAAUAAUUAGAAUUCUUCCGAACCAUAUUUAUUCCUUUUCUCUUUGAUUAUUAAAGUCGGAACAUUGAUGAAAUGAUUAGUCAUCUAAUUCAAAAUUACUAAACCCAAAAUUAUAUUUGUUCUACUGUUAUAAUGAUCUCUACAGGGAUAUUUGGAUUUUAUUUAGUUUCUAAUAUUUUCAAUCUUCUCAAACUUAUAACAUAAAGCUAAAAAGUUGCUAAGCAAUUAUCCUAUAUCGACAAAACAUAAAUCGAAGAAUCACUAAAAUUUUAUUCGAAUCUAAAAUUCUAAUUUUCAUGUAUUCGAAGUGCAAAUGGCCUAAUAUAAAACAAUUAUUUUUAAUCAACCAAUUAAACAAUCAUUAGAUAAGGAGAUGAAGAUGAAAAAAGCAGCUAUUUGAAGAGAUAAAAGUAAAAGCGAUAUGAAUGGUCCAAGAGAUGGAAAAAAAUAAAAAUUUUAAUGGUAUUAAAAUAUCUAUUAUUUAUGUCAAUCAUAUCAUUUCUAAGUUUUUUCUACUUUAUUUACAUUAUGGGAUUCAGUAAUUAGAUGUCUAAUAUAUUAAGUUCAAACUAUUUUACUAAACAAACAACACAAUUGUUAUCAUUGACUCUAUCUAAAGAAAUCUUUAUAUACACUUUCUUUAAUAAAUCCUAUAUAGAUAUCAAUAACUACAAAUAAAUUCAAGAAGGUUAUGUGGCAACUAAUGCUGAGUUACAAUCCUAGUUAUAUCAAACCAACAUUGAUGAAAUUGAUUAUAUUUUUAAUGGAGACUUAUGUACAACUAUAAACUAAAUUGUUAAUUUCUAAUAUUGCAAUACUUACUUAAAUGGGGCAUUAAACUAUGGUUUACAUUCGUAUAAUUUUUUACUUUCUUAAAUGGCUCAGCAGUUGCUGAAUCCAGCUGAGGAAGUUUAUGAUAAUACAACUGUCGAAAAGAUCUUCGAAUUUGAUUAAGUUAAUUAAUUUUAAAGAAUUGGAUAUGAACAGGCUUGGACAAUCCUAGGAUUAAGAUAUAGUUAAUCUAUUGUAGAAAGUUCGAAAUUAGAAAUAAUCUUUUUAUCAUGUUCCUUUUCUUUUACUUUACUGCUAUUCAUCUUUCUAUUUGAAAUAAGUUUUUCAAAUUAGAUGUUUCGAAUAAUUUUAGAUGUCCGUUGCUUCUACAAAAGAUACUUCUCCAAUAAUACCAUAGAUAGAUAUAAGAUUAUCAGAGCUUAACUCAUACAGUGUUAAAUAAUCAAUAAAUGA